CAGCGUUUUCCGUGCAGAAGCUAAGCAGCUACAAGCCACCGCUUGGCUUCUAGCGCUUUUCAAGCUUCAUAUUUUCUAUUUCGUCGCAUAUAGAGGAAAAAUACUCGGCGUUGUGAAGUUAUCACAUCAAUUUACGUUCUUACGAUAUCAAACAGAGACGAUGACAGGUUCAAACGAAUACAAGCUUAACCAGGGACCAGAGGAUGGCAUCUCUGCUGUCAAAUUCAGCCCCACCACCGCCCAGUUCCUCCUGGUCUCCUCCUGGGACUGCACGGUUCGUCUUUAUGAUGUCGGGGCAAACACCAUGCGGAUGAAGUACCAGCACACAGCUCCAGUUCUUGACUGCGCUUUUUAUGACCCAACACAUUCCUGGAGUGGAGGCUUAGAUUCACAGUUAAAGACUCAUGAUUUGAACACAGACCAAGAUACAAUUGUUGGAACACAUGAUGCCCCCAUUCGUUGUGUGGAGUACUGCCCCGAAGUUAAUGUCAUCGUAACAGGCAGCUGGGACAGAUCAGUUCGACUGUGGGACCCACGAACACCCUGCAAUGCUGGCACCUUUAGUCAGCCUGACAAGGUUUAUACGCUCUCUGUGGCCGGAGACAGACUGAUUGUUGGCACAGCAGGAAGGCGAGUGCUGGUGUGGGAUUUGAGAAACAUGGGCUACGUACAACAAAGAAGGGAGUCCAGUCUAAAGUAUCAGACCCGCUGCAUACGAGCCUUUCCUAACAAACAGGGCUAUGUCUUGAGUUCAAUCGAGGGACGUGUAGCUGUGGAGUACCUGGACCCUAGCCAGGAGGUGCAGAAGAAGAAAUAUGCCUUCAAGUGCCACCGGCUGAAAGAGGAUGGAAUCGAGCAAGUCUACCCUGUCAAUGCCAUUUCAUUUCAUGGCAUUCACAACACCUUUGCCACAGGUGGCUCAGAUGGCUUUGUGAAUAUCUGGGACCCRUUCAACAAAAAGCGCCUGUGUCAGUUCCACCGGUACCCGACCAGCAUUGCAUCGCUGGCUUUCAGCAACGACGGCACAAUGCUCGCCAUCGCCUCCUCCUACAUGCACGAGAAAGGGGAUAUCAGCCACCCCGAGGACGCCGUCUUCAUUCGCCAGGUCACAGAUGCUGAGACGAAGCCCAAGUCAACCUGAAGUGGUCUGGGUGUCAGAGCAUGUUUCACCACCAUGCCAGGAUUAUCUGCUGGUAUCGAGUGUACCAUUAGUGUACAGUUUUCUGUCUUUUUCUUUUUCUCCUAUUUUUACUGAUGUUUAACACGUUCUCUAUCUUUUUGGUUGAUGUGAAAUAUUUAAUUGUUUCAGUCUUUUGCCUUUUUGCUAUGUAUUGACACUCUGAGUCCUUUUUUAAACAUUACACAACUGCUAUCCUCAGAUCAGUGUUUUGAUACUGAUAAAUGGCUGAAGUUGAUACUUUCCUGGUAAUAAAAAUGUUCUUGUAAACACUG